AUGAGAGCUGGUGGCAUUUACAGACUCAACAGCUUUUUCGGAUCUAACAACAAGACUUUGUAUCGUGUUGCGGAUCCAAGUUUCACCAUCACAUUCUCAUCGACUUCUGUCCUCUCUGAUCUAGAGGACAGUUCGGCAUGUUUCCCUGAGGAUCGUUUCCGGUUCCAUGGAUAUGAGGAGUUCGAUGCUGCCUGCGACUUGCGAGGGGAUCUUUAUGAUUAUGUUGGCCAUAUCAAGCUUGUGAAUGGGCAGGUUCUCAGUGACACUCUCGUGCUAGAUGAUGCCGAAAUAGCUUCUUCGCGCCGAGUUCUGCUUCAUGUUCAAACACAUGACGAUCUAGUGAUGAAGUUGUACCUAUGGGACAGGGCUGCCUCCGAUUUCAGUGAGAGAUUCAAAGCAUCUGGAGGAACUGCACAUGUUAUUUUAGUCACUACCUUGAACCCAAAGCGACUUGGAGGUGCUCUAGCUCUCUCCUCCAUGACGCCAUCACGUGUGUUUUUGGACACUGAUGUCCAAGCAACCCGAGAUUAUCUCACUUGGAUGAACACGAAUCUAGAUGUUGCUAACAGAGUUGACGCAGACAUUGUCACUAAGACUGAGACAAUGACCAUAGGCGAGCUAUUUUCCUAUAUGAAGCAGGAAGAUGCGAAGGUUGUUCAGUACCAAUUGGUUGCUUGGUUUGAGUGCAUAGCAACCAUUGGAGAUGUUGCGCACGGCUCAUCAUGGUAUUACAUAGGCUGUGGUGGGUGCCACACUAAGGCAACCAAAGGGCCUACUAGCCUUAUGUGUAAGAAAUGUGGGAAAACCGAAAUUGUUGGUGUUGCACAGUACUUGGCGAAGAUCUCCGUGUAUGAUAAUGAUGAUCAAGCGUCUUUUGUGCUCCUUGGUGGUGCUGGAUAUGAGUUAUCUGGUAAGAAAGCUUCUGAAUUGGUUGAGGAUUAUUUCGAGGCCAAUGAGGAUGUAGGGGAUGAUCACUUGGUUCCGGUACCUCAAGCUCUUAUCGAUACCAUAGGACAGACCCGCAAAUUCGUUGUGAAGGUGUCAAAUCACAAUUUAACUGGCCAGACCCAAGCUUUGACUGUGACAAAGGUGCUCACUCCAGAAGUUCCAGAAGUUGAAGCCAAUUUCGAAGGAAAUGUGGCUGUACCAGACGCACAAGAAACUUUGGACAAGGAAGUUGCUGGUGAUGGUCCUUCCACAUUCUUUGGGAGUGUGAAGAGGGCUGCUGGUCAGGCUGACGCAGAGGAUCCCAAGCGAGCAAGAAGUGGCUAG